UCUGUGAUCAUCAUUUAAACGCCAUAAGCUCGGAGGUGAGCUGUGGUGAAACGGCUGCCUCGUUCAGGACAGAGACAUAUUCCUCCUCCAAAGCCUGCGCUUUAUUUCCAGCGGACGUGUUUAAACUAGUCCCAGUGAUCCCGUUAGGAUCCUGUUCAGCUGCGCCACUGAGACGUGUCGCUGUAAAGGACCGGGUCGCAUGUGUAUUUACAUCUUACUGCUGAUCUACCUCAGUGGCUCUGAGCUCCUGUGUUCACCAUCAGCACAGAGACAUGCACGGGAAAUACACAGAGCAUGGAUUCCCUCAACAGACUGGAAAUCUACAUCCCAAGGGAGACUGAGGUAAACACCAUCCAUCUGUGUAGUUUACCAGCCUCAUUGCUCAAAAGAAUGGGCCUCCCCCUGCAUGACUCCAAAGACUCCAAGAAACUGGCAAUAUGGAUUAGUCCAGCAGUCUUACGGAGGAAGGGGCAGAAACUGGCAUCCAACGCAGUGAAGGAUUCACUAGAAAACACGUCCUCACUGCUGGGCAGAAGGUUCCGGCCUCCUGUGGGUCCUUUGAGAAUGCAAAUUGUCUCUGACAACCGUUCCAUUUGCAACAUGCUGAAGGAAAUGACCUGGGGGAAAACACUUUCCACAUGCAAGUCUCACACCUCCUUGUGUCCCCGGGGCUCACCACCACAGACCGGCUUCACUGCUAUUGUCAUCUACCAUGGAUGCAUUUACCUGUGCAUCAGUAAGCACAAUCCAAGCCAGAGUCGACAAGACACAUGUGACCCGCGGCCGGCUCCCUCUACUCACUCAUCGUCAUCUGAAAGCCAGAAGAAGGAGCUGCUUAAUGACAACAGGCCCAGGAAGAUGCGCACUACACGUGAACAAACACUCAGUGAAAAUAAGAAUGUGUCCCCAUCCAAGGCUGCUCACUCUGUCCGACAGUCCACCGACUGUGUGCAGCAAGUGGAUGGCCACAGUCACAAGGAUGCUGCAGGACAGCAGGCAGCAGAGGAAGCAGCAGCAGUCCCAGAGCAAGCCUGGUUUCAUCCUGAGGGGGACCACGAGGUGGGGGCCAAUCAGGACAGUGGUGACCGUGAGAUGCAGGACCUGGCCAGUGAUGAAGCAGAGCCCACGGGUCAAAAAGGUGAAAGGGUCGGUGAUGUGCACAUGGACUGUAGUGGAGUGACAAACAACAGCAACCAAAGCUGCACAGGGAGAGAGUCGCUGGUGAGGGAGUGUGACUUUGAUGAGCUGGAACGGGAGGAGAGGAUCGCUCAAAUGAAGGCCAGACUCCGACAGAAUGAAGCUGCAGUCAACGAUCUGAAUUCACAGUAACUGCUCACUCAUACUUGGCAGUAAUGAUAUGUCAGUUUCACAAACAAAUCGCGUUUAAGUGCAGCCCCAAGAAUUAUUUCUAGAAGAGACCGGAAUGGGAAUUUUACCUCAACUUUGAUUGGGACUCAAAUAAAUUGUUUUGUAAGAAUCAGUUGGUUUUUAAGCAUACCAUGAACAUGUAUGGUUUAUACUGACGAUGUGACUUGUAUCCAAUAUAAAUGUGAAACCCAAAAUAUAAUCAGAAACCAGUGUGCAUGUAAAUAACCUGAUAGCUAACAGCUAACGAUCAUCACAUUCCCAUGACAUUUGCUCUAGAGUAAGAUUUGUGUUUUUCCUGAAACCCGAUUUGUUUUCUAGCACUGGCAUCAGGCCAAACUUGCAUAUUUACAUACUGCUAUUGAGGUUCUAAGGAUCUCAUCUCCUCUUGAAUCACAUCUCACUUUGUUUUUAUUAAAGGUUCAGUGUGUAGGAUUAACUGACAUCUAGUGGUGAAGUUGCAUGUUGCAGCUGAACACCCCUCACCUCACCCUCUCCUUCCAAACAUGAAAAAGAAACUGUGGUAGCUUCAGUUGUCAUAAAAACUCAAAAGGUGUUUAGUUUGUCCAGUCUGGACUAAUGUAAAAAAACAUGGCGGCCUCCGUAGAGAGGGUCUCAUCCUGUAAAUAUAAAGUAUUUAAGAUAUAAAUAGUACAAAUUUGUAUAAUUUAGAUGAAACACACUAGUGAAAACAUCUCCGGGUUUAUUUUAUAUUCAGUUUCUGCCAAAAUAUCCAUUUCACGUAAAUCUUACACACUGGACCUUAAGUGUAAGUGCAUGACCCACCUUCAGGGGUCACAAGUGGGACUUUUUGUCUUGUAGUUAACAGAUGCCCAGUGGCCUUGAAAAGAAUCAAACAUAGCAUUGGAAUUAUAAUGACACACUACAUAUAUCUGUUUGUCUAUUGUCAUGUCAGUGCUCAUACAAGGUUUACUGUUGUGAUGUAAUUUAGUUCAUGCCCAGGCUACAGAGAGAGCCUGCUCAGAGAAAUAUCAGUCUGCUCAGAUUGAUCUUUUAAACACUUAGAAAAAUCCUUAUUUUGGGAUCAUUACUAGAGUCUGAUGGGUUUUUUUUUGAAAAACUUGAAAUAAACUCAUCGCUCUCACAGAGAAGUGA